AUGUCAUGCUUCAAAACCAGCCCGGAGUCCUGCUCCUUCACCUUCCCCAAGACCUGCUCUGAGACCUGCACCAUAAGCUGCCCAGAGACUUGCUCCGAGACCUGCCACAAACCCAGCUCCUACACCUUCCCCGAGACCUGCACUGAUACCUGUCUGAAGACUUGCUCUGAGACCUGCUCCAUAAGCUGCCCAGAGACCUGCUCCGAGACCUGUCCCAAGUUGUGCUCCUUCACCUUCCCCAAGACCUGCACUGAUACCUGUCUGAAGACUUGCUUUGAGACCUGCUCUGAGACCUGCUCCGAAACCUGA